AUGACUAACUCAAUUGGAAAACCAGAGAUUAUUUGGGAAACAAUUUGGGAACAUUUGUCUGAAGAUGCCGAUUAUCAUCUAAGAAAGACUUUGCAAAAACCAGAUUUGGUGCUUAACAAUAGCGACAAAAGAAAUUUUGCCUUAAUGGAGAUUGAGAAUAUCUUAUCUACUAUGGGUAAGAGUUUGAGUGACUUUGCUCCUAUGCCAACACCAAAUAUUGACAUGUACACCGUGGCAACAAAUCGGUUGAUACAAGAGGAAUUGGCAUAUGAUUGCGAUAGUAUGAAGUUUGAGGACCAGCUGCUGGUUAAACAGCUAACUAAAGAGCAAAGGGAGAUAUAUGAUGAGAUUAUUGAUGAUAUCGAGAACAAUAGUGGAGGGUUGUUCUUUGUGUAUGGUUAUGGUGGAACUGGUAAGACUUUUUUGUGGAAUGCAUUGUCUUCUGGUUUAAGGUCUAAGGGUGAGAUUGUUUUAAAUGUUGCUUUAAGCGGUAUAGCAUCUCUUUUAUUACCAGGUGGACGAACUGCGCAUUCGAGGUUUGCAAUACCUAUUUCUAUUCAUGAAGAUUCAACUUGCAACAUAAGUCAAGGUACUCCUUUAGCAGAGUUAAUUAUUCAUUGCAAAUUGAUCAUAUGGGAUGAAGCACCUAUGAUGCACAAACAUUGUUUUGAAGCUUUAGAUAGAACUAUGAGAGAUUUGUUAAGGUACAAGAAUCCAAAUAGUUUAGAUACGACCUUUGGUGGGAAAACUGUUGUUUUGGGGGGAGAUUUCAGGCAAAUAUUACCAGUAAUACCUAACGGAACAAGGCAAGACAUUGUUGCUGCAAGUAUAAAUUCUUCAUAUCUCUGGAGAUCAUGUAAAGUGUUUAGGCUAACUCAAAACCUACGGCUAAGACAAAUACAGUCAGAUAUUGAAGUUCAACAGGUGGAAGACUUUGCAAAUUGGAUAGCUCAAAUUGGUGAUGGAGUUCUUGGUAAUUCCAGAGAUGGAGACUUUGAAAUCACCAUUCCAAAUCAGUUUUUACUUAAAACUAAUGGUAACCCAAUUGCUACCAUUGUUGAAAGUACUUUCCCUAGAUUUCGAAGUGGUGACAAUGAUAUUACAGAUCUACAGCAUAGUGCUAUUUUGGCUCCAACUCCUGACGUCGUGGAUAGCAUCAAUCAGUUCAUGAAUGAUCAUAAUUCGGGUGAAGGUAAGACUUAUCUAAGCUGUGAUUCUGUAUGCAAGUCAAACUCCAACAGAGAUAUGUUAUCAGAUUUGCACACUCCUGAGUUUUUAAAUGCUUUGCGUUGUUCUGGAGUACCAAAUCAUUCUCUUACUUUAAAAGUUGGAUCACCAGUUAUGCUAUUGAGAAAUAUUGACCACAGUUUAGGAUUGUGUAAUGGUACGAGACUUAUUCUUACAAGGUUGGCGGAACAUGUGUUGGAAGGUCAGAUCAUGUGUGGAACGAAUGCAGGAACAAAGGUUUUAAUUCCCAGAAUGUCGUUAACACCUUCAGAUAUCAGAUUUCAAGGACAAACACUUAUAAACGUGGGUUUGUUAUUGAAGAAGCCUGUGUUCAACCAUGGUCAAAUGUACGUGGCGGUCUCCAGAGUAAGCAGUCCAAGGGGAUUAAAAAUUUUGGUUACUGGUGAAAAUGUACCAUUCCAAAAUACAACUACAAAUGUUGUGUAUAAAGAAAUUUUUAAUAAUGUCUAA